UUCCCUCUGCAGCGGAUGCUGACUCGCCACCUCAAGUGCCACAGCGUCGUGAAGAGGCAUCCUUGUAGAUUUUGUGGAAAGGGCUUCAAUGACACCUUUGACCUCAAGAGGCAUAUGCGUACUCAUACAGGCAUUCGGCCCUAUAGGUGUGAGCUCUGUGAGAAAGCCUUCACCCAACGCUGCUCCCUGGAGUCCCAUCUGAGGAAGAUCCACGGCGUGCGGCAACAGUACGCCUAUCGCCAGCGGCGCUCCAAGAUCUUUGUGUGUGAGGACUGUGGCUUCACCACUGGGAGACCAGAUGAAUACUUCGUACAUGUUCGUGAGCAUCAUCCUGGCAGUGCCGCCUUGCGGAGAUACUUUCGCAAACACAUUCCUGACAGACCAGCCACAGCGGCUGAUCACAUCAAUCCCUUUUUACUUUACCAACCGGCUAGUUUCUACAUCUAAACAUAGACCAAUUCAUUUUGUCUGCAUCUUAAUAAGCUCUAACUUUGUAUAUUGUUUCUAAUUUGAUUAUAUUAAUGAAAAUUGUGUUUGAUAAAACAUUUGAAAUCACUGGAAUCCUGACAAAUCAAAAUAAAAACACCCUCCGCUACAUUAAUAUUGCUGUUGGAUGUAAAGUUUAUGAACAAAAAGUAUUCAACACAAAGUCUAACUGAAGGUGUAUAUCAUAUAAAAUACAAGGGUUCAUCUGAUUGACCAUUAUUCAUUAAAAUUGUCUAUAUGUUCAUGGUCAAGGUUUGACUCCAGAAGUUGU